AUGUCCAGACUCCAAAGUGGAACCCUAUAGGAAUCUGGACCAUCUCAAUUAUCCAGAAGAUUUAUUGAACGUAAUCUUAAGAUAAUCAUAAUAAAUAACUACUAAAGCAUCCUAAAGCAAAUCUACUCACUCAAUAUAGGAUCACUUAAAGAGAAAUCAUCUGAAAUGCUAAAUGAGGGUGAUGAAGAGGAAACUGAUGUGACUCAAUAACUUAAAUCACCCAAAAAUUUAAUGACCUAGAUGGUAGAAAAUUUUAAGAUCCGCAGAUUGAUAACGUACUAAAUAAGUUUGCUAACCAAGAAGUCAUUUGACCCUAACCUAAACGAAUAACACUUUUAACCUCAGGCUAUUAAUAUUGAUUUUAAAAUACAAGAAAAUUUUAUACCAGAAGAAAAUUAAGAGGCCCUAGAAAUCACAAGCCAGCAUAGGACAAAGCAAGAUCCUAAAGAUCUAAGAGCUAAGAUGUUUGUUAUAAGUAUGAACUAAUAUAACAUGGGUUAACUGUAAAUUUAAGAAAAUUUUUCAUGA